UUACACAACUGGGGAUAGAGUAAAGAUUUAAAAUGUCACUUGGUUCAGUUCCAAAACUGCAGAAAUCAUAGUCUAAAAACUACCGUAAAAAAAGGUGAGUCGAGUAUCUCCUACCGUAUCAUAUUGCUCGCAGUUAAUUUCCGAUGCUAUAGAUCAUAGGGGAAAUAUUAUUCUUAAGCUCUUAAGCGUCUUAUCUCCGAGACAUCCAAUGUCUACAGCGCACGCAGCCAAAUUAUUCGACUAUGCUGUUGGCUCUGGUUUUUGUGCUGACGAAGCUUGUACUGGUUUUCCAGUGACGCGCUAGGACCCAGCAGUUUGGUUUUCAGAGCCCAUUGAAAAUUUGGCACUAGGACCACGGAGCUUGUCUGGCUGCCUCGCAGAAAGAGAGCGAGCAGCACCGUUUCUUUGUUCCAGCCACAAUAUCGUUUCCCCUCCACCAGUGCGCAGUGAUUCUCUCCGCUCUCCCCACAACAGUGCUAUACGGGUCUGGAUGAUUGCAGAGGCUGCGACAUGGCUGUGAAUCUCAGCAAGAACAGACUGGCCCUCCUAACAGCUUAUCAGGAUGUUAUCGAUGAGACGUCUGCCGUCGACUGGGCCUUGUACACAUAUGAAGACGACAGCAAUGAUCUGACCCUGGCAUCAACAGGAGAUGGUGGUCUGGCGGAAAUCACCGUCACCUUUGACAACAGCAGCAUCAUGUAUGGCUUCUGCAGUCUGAAGGAGCCCGCGGCCGCCCUCCCUCGCUACAUCCUCAUCAACUGGGUAGGGGAGGACGUGCCUGAUGCAAGGAAGUGCGCCUGUGCCAGCCACGUAGCCACCAUUGCCGAGUUUUUCCAGGGCGUUGACGUCAUCAUCAAUGCCAGCAGCGUGGACGACAUAGAUCCAUCUGCCAUCGGGCAGAGACUGACCAAUGGGACAGGCCCAGCUGCUAGCCCAGUCCUCAGCCGCCUGAGAAUGAAGGACGAAGAGAACACAGAGCACGUUGGCACCACCUACCAGAAGACAAAUGCCGAGAUCGAGAUGAAGAAAAUCAAUCGCGAGGAAUUCUGGGAACAAGCCAAGCGGGAAGAAGAGAUGAGGAAGGAGGAGGAGAGGAAGAAGGCGGCAGAAGAGCGGCAGCGCUUUGAGGAGGAGCGCAUGGAGCUGGAGAGGAAGGAGCAGGAGGAGCGGGAGAAGAGAUACCAGGAGAGGGAGAGGCAGAUUGAGGAGCACAGGAAGAAAAUGCAAGAAGAAGAGCAGGCCAAAGAGAACUCAAGGCCUCAGCCUGUGAUUCUAAGAACAGAACCCAGUUGUGACGACCCUUCUCAAGAGAAAAAGGAAUCGGAGGUCGAGGUGGGUCGAUUUGAGGCGGCCGCCAUAAUCGCCCAGCGGACGAGCAACCCGCGGGAGUAUUUCAAGCAGAGAGAGAAGGCGGUGGCCGGCAGCGUGGAUGCCUCGCCCAUCACCACCCACAGGACCGGCCGCUUGGACAGUCCAUUCUUGAGGCAGAUGCACAGUCCGUGCGAGACCAGCCCGCCCCCCUUUCGCACCCCGCCCACUGGGCGGCGGCAGCUGGGGACGCCCGGCGGCUCCGAGUGCAUCUUGGCACCCGUGUCGGUCACACCCAUUCCUAAGAUCGCCAUUCAGGAAGACAAAGAGGAGAGCAGCCAGGAGUGGGUCCCCGAGUCACCCCAGCGAGCGCCGGUGCAAGAAUGCGGCCCGGCAAAGCCCGUUCAGAGCGUGGCGCCGCAGGCCAGCUCCACGGAUCUGUCAUACGCUGGCGUGGAUGACGGGCCGCUCGACCCGUGGGACAGCGGUUUGGUACCUGCCGCCGCCGCCGUCGUCGUCCCGUCCUCCCCGGCUGCCUGCCUCGUGGACCUAAUGGCUGACUCCCCUGAGGCGCUCCCCGUCGGCCCGACUGCUGAUGUCCCCCAGGCCUUGCUGAGUUUCGACGAGGUGCUCGAUGCCCCCUUCUGCCCUGGCCCGGAGGACGACCCAUCCAGCCUGGUGGAUGUGGAUGUGGCUGGGUCGCACCAGAUGACCCUGAGCUACCAGCAGGCCCUGCAGCAUGCCUCAGCCUCUGACAGCCAGGACCUGGACGACAGCCAGCUGCUGAUGACCAACGGGGACACACUGCUCAAAGAGGGGACCCAGGCGAGUGAAGGCUACUUCAGCCAGUCACAGGAGGAGGAUUUUGCCCAGUCUGAUGAGUGCUCUGCAAAAGUGAACCCAACGCCAGUAUUUUAUAACAAACCUCCAGAAAUUGACAUCACAUGCUGGGACACAGACCCUGUGGUGGAUGAUGAGGACUAAGGGUGGCAGAGGGUAGAGGCCUACACCUACAACAAAGCCAAUUUCACAAAGGUUAUUACAAUUUCUUGCAUCAGAAAAUUGAUCUGAUGUUUUAGAGAAAACAAAACAACAACAAAUGCUUGCCGCUGAAAAGGAUUCAGGUUAUUGUUAAAGAUGCUAAUGGGUUUAGGCAGUCAUGAUUGGUUUGUGUGCAUGUGUGGGCAUGUGUGGAUGUUUGUGGUGGUAUUUAUUUCUUUUCUCUUUUGCUAUGCAGAGUAUAGCACAGUGUGUAAUUAGCGCUCACCUGUGUUGUAUUGACUCCCUGUGCCUGACAGGUGUGACCAGUAGCAGAUAGUGUCCUGUUUCUCGUGAUGUGUCACAACCUGGAAGGACACAGGGCCUUGAAGGUUCGUAGGCCUAGCCUGUCCAGCCAUGGUAGUAGCACUACCCCCCGGUUAGUCGUCCAGGCUAGUAACGCGCACCUCGCAUGUUUCAAUCAGUCAGCAGAGUUUAUGCCCACCAUGGCCUUAGCUGCGAUGUCACAUUUGGCCUCGGACUGUUCAAACACCGAAAUCAGACUCAGAGUAGACGCAGACCACUUGCAAGCUGCUUUGGUAAAAGAAUAAAGUGCUUGUUGUACUAGAUUGUCCAUUUUGCCAGUUCUAAAUCUGUAUUUCCAACUCAUGCUAUACAGGAUGGUGCAUCACGAUUGGUGAUGCUCAGUUCCCUUGGGUACCAUUACACUCAAAUUUAGUAACCAUUUUUAGAAAACAUUGCUUAAAUGCGAAAAUUUGAAGCAGUUCUUUUUCAUCUUGUGCUGGAUGUUUCAAAUAUGUUGACAUUUUCACACGUUUGUGUUGGUGUAAGAGCCCUAUAGGACUUAGAAGCAGGUGGCAUAUGUAUAUUUUGAGUAAGAAAAAUCUAUACAACAGCUUGGUAUUCUGAACUUUUUUUAAUGGUUGCAAUAGCAGUAGCUUCAAGUUUGUCAAAUAACUUAGGCAAUAAUUUUGGAAGACAGUUGGGGAAUUUGUUUAAUGCACAUUUAGCUAUGUGUGGGUGUAUAUGUACAACAUGUGCUAAGAUUUUAUGGGGAAGUAAAAUUUACUGUGGAUAUUUUGAUUUCGUAUUUGCUUUUACUUUCGUGCCCUAAUCCAAAGAGAGGACAUUCCCAUCUUGAUUUUAACCUCUAGAAACCACUCCACAAAUUAGAAUCACUGCAACCUCAAAAGCAUACUAAUGAAUAUUAUUUAACCAUCAGUUUUGCUUCGCCUCAACAAGUAUUUGUCACUGGUAGUGAAUCCAGUUCUUAAUUGCAAUCCGCAGUCCCUUCCAAGUUUAAAUGGAAGUACUGAAACUCAAGUAAUUUCCAUGUAGAAUAUGUAGAAUAAUUUCUGCCAUCACCCCUCCAAACCAGUUUGAACUGGUUGUUUAUUUUAAAUUGCCCUUACUGUGUGCCCUUCAGAGCGUCGACUGUCCUCAGUCUUCCAUAGUUUCAUAUUUCCAACCCCUUUUGUACAAACCCUGUCAGUAGAGGCCCUAAAAACCCUUGAUUUUAGCAGUGUGUGAAAUAAGCAAGCAAUAAUCCUAAACCAAUAGUAUUGUUUUGUAAAUAGUUCUAAUAUUAGUCAUAUCAACACAGUACUACCGCGAUUAACAUACAUGUAAUUGUGGCCUACAAAAACAAAGAUUGGCAUAGGAUUGGGUGGGGAUGCUUUAUCUGGAUGUUUCACACGAACUAGUUUUGAUGAGAGCCAACCCGCAUCUUUAACAGUAACCGAGGCCCUUUUGACACAACUUUUAAUGUACUCUUCAACCUCCAAACUCCUGGGUAGUGGUUCUAAUGCUUCUCUCUUCUUCUUACACUACUAGGAGACUACUACUAUUACUAUUGUUACUAUUACUACGACUAUACUAAGUUCCCUUUCGUCCCUGAAGCAAGGCUUAGCAACCUUUUUGGAGUCUUUUUUUAAUUAUUUUUUUCUAUCUCUACCCUUUUUCCGUCUGCUUCUCACACGCUGUUUUUGAAACAAGCACAAGAUCUUUUGUGACAUGCGAUGUGCUUCUGUAUGUUAAUAAAAGAUUUCAAAAACCCUCCAUUUAC